AUGCGUACUCAAGCUCUUCGGUUCAUCCUGCUCCUCGGCGGUCUGGCCACUGCUCAGGCUCAAGACCCAGCUGCGCCGCCUCCGGACCCGGCUGCACCGGCGACUACGCCCGCUCCUGUUCCAGUUGGAGCCGACGGCAGCGCUUUGCCUCCGUCCGACAAUCUCUGUCUCUUGCAUAAAGAGCUUUGUAAGGAGCCGCCAAAGGAACCGCCAAAGGAACCCAAGCCUCCAAAGGAUAAGACAUCCAUUACAACAGAGACGAUCAUCUCUAUCGAGACAACCGAGGGCCAGACGCGCACUGUCACCAUUGGACAAACAGUCACGGUCAGCUUCACCGAAAAGGAGCCCCCAAAGCCGACGCCCCCACCACCACCACCGCCCCCGCCGCCCCCGCCGAAGACGGUUACCGAGCCCGGGAAAGAGACAACCAAGACUGUCACGGAGUCCAAGCCAGGGGAAACUCAGACCAUAGUCCAGCCACCUCCGCCGCCGCCGAAGGAACCGUCAAAGGAACCACCCAAGACCCCCACCCAGACAGAGCCUCCGCUGAUCCCGACCAACAAGCCCUCGGAGACCCAGCGGACGAGCCGGGCAAGUCAGACCGGGCCGGGGCCAAGUGGCCGGCCGACGACGACGAGGCCGGUUGUGACGGUAGGCGAGGCUGCGCAUCCAACUGGGGCUGUGGUCAUUGGGGCGUUGCUGGGUGGUGCUGCUGCGAUAUUGAACAUUUAG